UCUCUCUCUCUCUCUCUCCCUCUCUCUCUCUCUCUCUCUCUCCUCUACCAUAAAGCAGAUGUGAUCCGACAAGCACACAAAGAAGUUCCUCAUUCAAAAAAGAUUUCUCAGCCAUCAAAAUUUCCUUUCUCUUCAUCCAACGAAAACUAACUUUUUCUUCUUCUUUCAAAUCUAAGUAGAAUUAAACUAAGGAAAGAAAAUACCAGGUUUGUUUCUGCUCAUCUGAGGAAUCUCAUCUAUGGAUACGGCUCAGUGGCCACAGGAGAUUGUAGUGAAGCCCUUGGAUCAAAUAGUAACAAACACAUGUCCAAACCCGCAACCGUCCCAGCCGCAGCAGCCACCACCCGCUGGGGCGGCAUGUGGAGCGGAGAGGAAGGCAAGGCCAGAAAAGGACCAAGCUAUAAACUGUCCAAGAUGUAACUCAACCAAUACAAAGUUUUGUUACUAUAACAAUUAUAGCUUGACGCAGCCAAGAUUCUUCUGCAAAGGUUGUAGACGGUAUUGGACCGAAGGCGGUUCGCUUAGGAAUAUCCCUGUUGGUGGUGGCUCAAGAAAGAACAAGAGAUCUCACUCUUCUUCAAUUUCUUCAUCUGACAUAAGUAACAACCACUCGGUUUCUACACAACCAGCUAAAAAGAAGCAUCACUCUGAUCAACAUCACCACCACCUCGUGAGCAUGUCUCAACAAGGGUUGACCGGUCAAAACCCUAAAUUCCUUGAGACGACUCAACAAGAUCUCAAUUUAGGUUUUCCACCAGACCGGUUGAUCAGGACCAACUUCACUGACCUCAUCCACAACACUGGGAACAACAACAAGAGCACCAACAAUACAGUGAUUAGUUCUUCAUUUUCUGCCACGUCAGCUAUGGCAACUUCCCCUCUGGAUUUCAUAAGAAACAACAAUAGUAAUAAUGGGAAUUCUUCAUUUAUGGGUUUUCCAGUUCAUACUCAAGAUCCAACAUCUGUAGGGUUUUCGAUGCAAGAUCAUUACAAGCCUUGUAACUCAAGCACCACACUGCUAGGGUUUUCAUUGGAUCAUCAUCGUAAUAAUGAUUUCCCCGGAGGAUUUCUAGGAGGAGCGGGUGGUGAUGAUGUGAAUGGAAGGCCCUUGUUUCCUUUUGAGGAUUUGAAACUGCCAGUUUCUUCUUCGUCAGCAACAAGUAAUGUCGACAUUAAUGAUCAUCAGAAACGAGUUAGUGGUGGUGAUGCAGCUGCUACUUCUGGUGGGUAUUGGACUGGGAUGUUGAGUGGUGGAUCAUGGUGUUAAUUGUUCUCAGUUUGAUGAUGAAAUUAGUAGUAUCAUAAUGCUAUUUAUUUAAUUAAUUAAUAUUAUUUUCAUUUCACUUUGAACCUUCUCAUUGGUGGUUUUUUUUCUUUUUUAUUAAUUUUGGGUUAAUUUGGAUUUAAGGAUAUUAUUGGAGGUGCAUACAUAUUGAAUGACUAUAUUUUUUUUAGUUUCGUUAUGGCUCGCUAACACAGGUUAUAAAUGAUACAUUGGUUGGUCUUCUGAUGUUC